AUGCAUCCAAGAUUACCUUACGAUGUUCUCGAAGAAAUCUUUAAAUAUUUAUCCGAGGAUAUAAAUUCUCUUCAUAAUUUUCUAUUAAUAAAUAAAUUAUGGUGUCAGAUAGUAAUUCGUAUUCUAUGGAAAAACCCUUGGAGUUAUUAUUCUUUAACUAAACCUACUUAUUUAACAUUUUGGCCCUUAAUUACUAGAACCAUUGUCUCAAUGAUUCCUCAAGAUUCUAAAAAUUAUUUAUUAAAUAAUGGAAUUGAUAUUUCAAAAUUUCAAAAAAAAAAUAAGAAAUUUCCAAUGUUUAAUUAUUUAAGUUAUUGUAAAUAUUUUUCAUUAAAAGAUCUUCAUAGAAUUCGACGCGAAAUUCUUGAUAUUGAAGAUUCUUAUAAAGAAUUUAUUCUCGAACAAGUAAUCUAUAAGUUAUUCCUUAGUAACACUUGUUCAUUAAGUUAUCUUGAACUUUUAGAUAUUCCACUUCCUUCUCCUCCCCCUUCUUCUUCUUCCCAUCAUCAUCAUAUCGAUAUCUUUCAUAAAUCAGAUAAAUUAUUUUAUUCAUUUGCUCCACGGAUUUUCCCAUUACACAUUACUCAUCUUGAAAUUAAAUCACAUAUUUCAUCUUCUUUGUUGACCACACUUUCUGAAUACGUUAACACUAUACGAGUGCUUACCAUAGAUUUAUGUGAUAACGAUAAUCCAGGUCUUUCCCAAUUAAUUAAAUCCCAAAAAUGUUUAACUGAUUUAAAGAUUGUAAGUUUUUUGAAUGGAGUAUUCGAAAAUCUUAGUAAUGCGAUUAAAGAGAAAGCCAAAAUGAUAAAAUGUAUUAGAUUUGUGGGAAAUGUUUGUAUUUCGAGUGAAGCAAUUUAUUCAUUAAAUGAAUUAAAAGUAUUAGAAGUUGAUUUAAAUGUCAAUGAUGAUGAUGAUGAUUUACAACAACAACAAGAAAUUUAUUUUAAUAAUAAUAAUCAGAUAUUAUUGAAUUUUCCUCAACUUGAAAUUCUUAAUAUUCUUUAUGAUGAUGAAAAUUCUCUUUCCAAUUACACUUCACUUAUUGACUCAACUCAAAAUUCUAAAUCUUUAAAGAAAAUAUUUAUAAAUGAUUCGUUUACAAUUGAAUUUAAUGAAUUAAGACCAUAUUUAAGAUCCAUAAUAAAUAAUUGUGGUAUCUGUAACAAUUUAAAAUUUGUCAAAAUUUGGUAUUCAAGAUUAUUAUUACCAGAGAUUGAAGAUAUGUUAAAGAAAUGUACUGGAUUAGAAAAUUUACUUUCUACUCACGCUCCCAUAACAUUGAAUAAAAUAGAAUUAAAUGGAAAUUGGAGAAUUACCGAAAAGAUCUUAAAUAUAUUUUUGGAAAAUUGGAAUUCAAGAAAAGAGUUAGAUUUAGAAAUGAAUAAAAUGAAUAUUUGUGAAUUGGGAUUUUUUCAAGAUUGUAAUAAGAUAUUAAAAGAAUAUACUGAUAAAGGAGUAUUGAAAAAAUUUAAUUAUGAAUAA